CAGUAGCUGUCAUCGUGACGUUUUCUCGCUCGUUCAGUCUUUUUGUUUCGGCCAUUUUUGCCGAAAGUUUGGUGUUCGACAUAGGUCACGAAUCUCUUCGUGGCCUUUAGAUCACUGAGUUAAAAACUAAUCAACAUGGUGCAGAAGAAGCCGAAGAAGAAGGUAGGAAAGAAGGUAGCGGCCGCUCCUCUGGUCGUGAAGAAAGUUGAGCCUAAGAAGAUCGUCAACCCUCUCUUCGAGAAGAGGACGAAGAACUUUGCCAUUGGCCAAGACAUCCAGCCUACCCGUGACCUCUCCAGGUUUGUGCGAUGGCCGAAGUACAUCCGCAUCCAGCGGCAGAAGGCUGUGCUCCAGCGCCGUCUCAAGGUGCCACCGCCAAUCAACCAGUUCACCCAGACUCUUGAUAAGACUACAGCCAAAGGUCUGUUCAAAAUCCUUGAGAAAUACAGGCCAGAAACUGCUGCCGCCAGGAAAGACAGACUGAAGAAGGCUGCCGAAGCCAAGGUCGCGAAGAAGGAUGAGCCUCCACCAAAGAGGCCCAACACCAUCCGCUCUGGAACCAACACAGUGACCAAGCUGGUCGAAAAAAAGAAGGCACAGCUGGUCGUCAUCGCUCACGAUGUUGACCCCAUUGAGUUGGUCCUCUUCCUGCCAGCCCUGUGCCGUAAGAUGGGUGUCCCAUACUGCAUUGUUAAGGGCAAGUCCCGUCUUGGAGCCCUGGUACACCGCAAGACCUGCACCUGCCUCGCGCUCACAAAUGUUGAGUCCGGCGACCGUGCCGCCUUCAGCAAGGUGGUGGAAGCCAUCAGGACGAACUUCAACGAGCGCUAUGAGGAGCUCAGGAGACACUGGGGCGGAGGCACCCUCGGAAACAAGUCCAACGCGCGCAUCGCUAAGCUCGAGAAGGCUAAGGCCCGUGAGCUCGCGCAGAAACAGGCGUAAGCGCAAUAAAAUUUAACUUGUA